AUGGAUCACUAUGAACCAGGAUUUCAACCUUGUUCUUCAACCAAAGUCGAAAGAAAGGUUGUUGAGAAAAAUAGAAGAAAUAAGAUGAAGAGUCUCUUUUCCAACCUCAACUCUCUUUGCCCUAACUAUAAUCCCAAGAAAGCAUUAUCGUUACCUGAUCAAGUAGACAAUGCUAUAAACUAUAUUAAGAGCUUAGAGACAAAUUUGAAAUUGGCGAAGGAGAAGAAAGAAAGUUUAAUGAGAAGCAAGAGAUCUAGUAGUGUCUGUUCGAGUUCUUUUGGAGCAAAAGGAAGCAUAAAAUCACCAAAAGUUGAGAUUCAUGAAAACGGUUCUUCUCUACAAGUCAUUGUAACAUGUGCGGUUGAUGAUAAGUUUAAGUUCAUUUUCUAUGAAAUUAUAAGAAUACUGCACGAAGAUCAUGUGGAGGUCAUCUCUGCAAAUUCUUCAAUGGCGGGAGAUUCCGUUAUUCAUGUUGUGCAUGCAGAGAUUCUGCACUCAUUGCUUCAACUUGGAGCAACCAAAGUAAGUGAGAGAUUGAAAAGGUUUGUGAACGAAUCUGUGGAAGAGGUGCAAAUCGUGCCUCAAUUGUGGGAUUGUGAGAUUGGAAAUGAGACUUGGGAUCUAAGUUCUAUAGUAAACAAGUGUUUACCAUAUUCGUUAUGA